AUGUCCCGCAUCUCCCUAUCAAACCACCUGCGUGGCGUCCUGAUCCUGCUCCCGUGGCUGGUCUGGCUGUGUGUCGUCGACUUCAUCCUCUCCGCGCUGCUGCUGCUGAAGCCCGUUUUCCCUGCGCCCGUCUAUCAUGCUUCGUCUGCGCUGGCCUACUCCGUCUGGAACUGGAUCCAGGCCAUCUUCACGCGCUUCAAUGGCGCGCGUAUUGUCGUGACGACGAGCUCGACGCUGCCGCCUGGGGAGAGCGUUAUCGUGAUAGCGAACCAUAUUGCCUGGAGCGACUUCUGGCUUAUUCAGGAGGUCGCGAAAAGAAAUGGGAUGUUGGGGUACUGUCGCUGGUUCGCGAAGCAGGAGCUAAGAUGGGUGCCGUUCCUUGGAUGGGGGCUCUGGGCCAUGGGGAUGCCGCUGGUCAGCAGGCAGUGGACGAGGGAUCGGAAAGAGAUGGAAAGGGUGUUCGGAGGCGUGGUAAAGAGGAGGUGGCCGAUCUGGCUCAUCGCAUACAGCGAAGGCUCCCGCUACAGCGCCAAAACCUACCAGAAUACCACCAACUGGUGUCAGUCUCAGGAUCCGCCUAUACCAGUGCCGCGAAACACGCUCUACCCACGCACUCGUGGCUUCGUCACAUCUGUACGCGAGCUGCGAUCCUCCAGUAUUCGAGCGGUGUAUGACUUCACCAUCGCAUACUCCCGUGACGGCCAUUUCAUGGCUGCGCCUGAGUUCUGGGAGAGCAUUGCGGUUGAUGUCAAUAAGGCGGGCUACAAGUUCUAUGUUCAUGUUGACCGUUUCCCACUAGAGGACUUGCCAGAAGGCGACGAGCAUCUCGCUGAGUGGUUAAAGAAGCGAUGGGUGCGGAAAGACGAGAGACUUGAGAGACUGAAGAGGAAACUCGAGGCCGGAGAGCUCGAUGUCGACCUGAAAGAUUGA